UCACUUGCGUACAUUCAGUAUCGAGCGAUCUCGCGGACACGCGGUACACGGAAAUCUCAAUACGCGAAAUGACAGAACCGGUAAAAAUAAAAUUCUUCGAAAUAGUGCAAUGACAAUAUGAGUCAACCGAAGAAAGAUUCGGGUGAGGGGUCCAAAAGGCCUCCUGAUAGCCCGCAAAGCCCUUCGAGUAAAAAACUCAGAGACCGGGUUAGUUUUUUCGAAAAGGUGUGGACGGGCUCUGAAUCGGGAACUUUGAAGGAUGAAAGUGGUGUCGACGUGGAGGAAUUAGAAAGGAAACUGCAAGAAGAAAGGGCUAGAAACGCUGGAGGUACACAUUUAGAACAAGUGACUUUAAGACAAAUUAAAUCUCCAAGACAUGUGGUGCAAAUGAAGGAAAUCGGCCCUGAUGGCAGCUAUAAGGAAACUUAUACGUCAACUACGGAAGAAGGUGAUUUAACAACAGGCACAAAAUCUGUUAAAUUCGAGAAAAUAACUGUAAAAAAAACUGUCAGGCAUCUUAGCACAAGUACAUCAUCGACGUCAAUCCGUCACAUCACUUCCAGUAGAACUCCAUCCGAAGAAAAUAUAGAUUCUGCCUAUUUAACACAAAGUAAUGGGAAUUUAGCCUCAUUCUCAAAAACAUCCAGCGCAAGCUCCUUAAACGGAAAAUUUCCAUCGGAUGAAAGUUUUAAGAGUCCGAAGAAAACGGAAUCGCGGGAUGAGUGGGAUGGGGAUAGCAGUUGUUCUAAGGUGACUAGUAGUAGUUCGGAGUGGUAUACAGAUUACAGGUCUCAAUCGUUCAACAAAAGCGACGCUAAUAGGUUCGAGUUUGUAAGGAGCAAAUCGCAGUAUGAUGAGCAUAUCCAGCAUAUUAGAGAUGAACAAGAACGAGUGCAAAAGAAAACUUUCGUUAAUUGGAUUAAUUCUUAUUUAUCUAAGCGAGUUCCACCGCUUAAGAUAGAAGAUUUGAUCGAAGAUUUGAAAGACGGCACUAAACUACUUGCACUUCUAGAAGUUUUGUCAGGAGAGAGACUGCCUGUGGAGAGAGGUAGGAUUCUCAGAAGACCACAUUUCCUGAGUAAUGCUAAUACUGCCCUUCAAUUUUUAACGUCUAAGAGGAUUAAACUGGUAAACAUCAACGCAAGUGAUUUAGUAGAUGGGAGACCACCAGUUGUUCUAGGACUAAUAUGGACUAUAAUUUUGUACUUCCAGAUUGAAGAAAAUAGAAGACAACUCGAAUACUUAACUCAAUGGGGAAGCACCAGUAGUUUGGAGAGCGCUGGAACCACUUCAUCGAGAGACAAAUGGAAACAAGGAGCUAGGAAAACACUAUUGAACUGGGUUUCGAAUGCUUUGCCAACUGAUUCUGGCAUUGAAAUUCGUGAUUUUGGAGCAAGUUGGAGAGACGGAGUUGCCUUUUUGGCAAUUAUAGAUGCUAUUAAGAAGAAUUUGGUUAAUAUUGCCGAAAUGAAGAAAGCCACCAACAGAGCGAGACUAGAAACCGCUUUUGAUGUAGCUGAAACUGAGCUGGGUAUUUCAAAAUUACUAGAUCCUGAAGAUGUAGACGUACCCAAACCAGACGAAAAAUCGAUUAUGACAUAUGUUGCACAAUUUUUGCACAAAUAUCCAGAACCAAAAAGCACUGGUCCAGAUGCAAUAGCUGCAAUUCAAGAAGAAUAUAAUAAUUUACUUUCUUGGUUGAUGCAGAAAACCCAAACUUUGGAAAAUUUGGAAAACACCAAUUCUUUACCUCUCAAUUAUAAAGAAUAUUUAGAUUUUAAAUCUGAAGUAGACGAUAAAGAAAAAUUAUAUAGUAAGCUGAAAGCUUUGAUCGAAUCACAAAGCUCUGUAUCUAUCGCUAAAGAAAGCUGGCAACAAGUUGUACUAUUAUGGGAAAAAUUACAACAGCAACUAUUGAGAUGGUUGUGGUUAUUGGAUUCCAGAUUACCAGGUGAUUUUAAAUUCAUCGGUGAAUGGUUGGCGAAGGCCGAGAAACUGAUUUAUUGCGAUAAAAUUCCUACAGUGAUGAACGAAGAAACUGCUUUGAUAAUCAGUAGAAAGUUAGAAGAACAUAAAACCUUUUUUGUGGAUCUACCCACCAUUCAAGAAACAUUCAACAGAGCUUGCAAAAGUCCAUUAGCUAGAGAAGUGCCUUCCGAACAGUUGGAAAAUAUGACUGUUAGACUGAACGAAAUUGGACCUAAAGCAGCUCAACGCAGAGUUAGACUUAAAUUUCUAGAACACAAGUGUUGCCUUAUUGCAUUUUUACAACUUACUGAAUCAAAACUAAAAGUGUGGACAUCAAAAUACGGACGAGUGGACGAAGUUACUCAAUUACUGGACCAAUAUCGCAAUUUCGUGUCAAAAAGUCAAAUCUUCGUUGAAUUCCAAAAGGCUUAUAUUGACAUGCAAGCAGUAAAUGAAGAAUAUAAACGAGAUGGAAAUAUAGACAAAAAAGAAGUAUCUGAAAUUGAUCAAUUCAUGCGGGAGAUCGCCGAACGUUGGAAGAACGUUUCCAUGGAACUCAGAUGCGUUCAAAGUAUGUUAGAAGAAGUGGUGGCAUACUGGAGACGUUGGGAUACUUUAUCAGAAGAAUUUGAUAAAUGGUUAAGUGCUGCCGAGAAAGCGCUCAGCCUUCCCGAAGAAGAACAAAUGGAAUUUUUCCAAAACAUCAGCUUAUGGAGAGAUAAUUAUCAAUUAUUAAGCGAUACUGUAAGCUUUCUGAUAGCAACUUGCCAAGAUAAAAUAUCUUCGGACUUGAAAGACCGGUUCCAAGUCAUGACAGAACGAUGGGAAAAAAUUUACCCCCUGGUCAGCAAAUACAGCCACGCUGGUGAUAUUAUAAGAAGCAGAAAAGAUUUUCGCAGUGGAUUAGAAGCUCUAUCUACUUGGCUAAGAAAAGCGGAAAAUAUUCUUGGUGCUCCAAGUUUAGGAUCUAUGGAAAGAAUAAGACAGCAUACUAUAAAUCUACAACGUCUUCAAGGAGAAGUGGAAGAGAUCGAAAGCCUUUUUAAGAAUAUUAGCAAAGCGUUCCAAGGCUUGAUUCAAGAUUUAUCAAGAGAAGAAGUAGAGAAAAUGAUGAAUACGUUAAAACAAGAAAAAGAAGCUUUGGUUAAAGUUAGAGCUCUGUUACCAUCUCAAAUUCAUCUCUUCAAUCAACUAUUGAUCCAACAAGAAUCUCUGGAAUCGGGUCAAAGAGAAAUUAAUAAGUGGUUGGAUGAGGCCGAGAAUCUUUUAAGUGGCUUAACGUUAGAUGGAGACAAAGAACAGCUAAAAGAACAAGUUGACAAAGUAAAACAAUUCUUCACAAGAACUCUAUAUUAUAAAUCAAUGUUGGAUAGUAAAAAUAAAGUUAUGAACAAUAUCAUUAAAUCGGUUGACCUAGCUAAUAACCCGGAUGUGACUAAUAUGACAGCUGAAAUGGAUCAAUUGAACGAUAGAUUUGAAUACGUUACGCAAAACGCCCAAAUUUGGGAACAUAAACUACAAGAAGCCAUCAGAUGCUGGCAUAAUUUUACAGAGUGCGAAAGAGUAAUUUCCAGUUGGUUGAAUCAAGCAGAAAAAUUAACUAUGGAAAAAAGAAUCGAUAGUAAGGAGACUGUUGAACAGCAUAAAAAUUUCUUCCAAUCAGUUAACGAAAGAUGGAUUCACGAUUUAAUCCAAAGUGCACAAGAUUUAUGUAACUGUCUUCCUAAAGAACAACAUACACCAAUUUUAUCUUCAGUUGACUACCUACAGAAUAAAUGGAAGGAAGUAUUGUCAUUUGCACCUCUCCAUCUUAUGAAACUGGAGUUCAGAUUAGACGAAACAACAUUCAACUACUAUGUUAGAGAAAUUGAGAAAGAAAUCACGAACCAAAAGAUUAUGUUUAGUCGUCAAGAAAACGUUGAAACUAUUAUUAAAAGAAAUAAUGAAUUCUUCUCUUCGAAAGGUCCUUUAUCCGAAACAAAGAAAAGCUUAGAAAACUUGAUCAAAAUAUCGAAUAUAUACACAGCAAAUCACACUCACGAUCAAUCUUUGAAGCAAUCCGUUGAGAAAGCUGAACAACAAUGGCACAAUAUUAACAUCAAAAUUGAGAAUUUGAAGCAACAGUUAGAUCAAGUUCCAGAAAAAUGGCAAGCUUACCAUACGAAAUUUGAGGAAAUGUCCAAGUGGAUGGAUAGUGUUGAUGACACUUUGAAGAAUAUUUUGAACGAUGUUAGCUCAAUGGAGGAGUUUGAAAAAGAGAGAACAAUUUUCCAGAAUGUUUGUAAAGAAGCUGAUUUAAAACGUGAAGAUAUGAAAUGGCUGGUCCAAACUCUUGAUUCCUUAACCUCUCACUGUCCCGAAGAACAAGCCGUGUCGGAGCAAAAAGCUUUGGAAGCCUUGAUAAUUCGCUAUAAAAAUUUGAUACCUUCUCUAGAAAUAACAAUGGUUAAAACGGACACUUUGUCCAAAUGCUACAUCUACAGAAAAGAAGUGAAAGAAAUUUGUCAGCUACUGAAACAAGUUCGCGAACAAUCGAAAAAGCAAAGAGAACCGGAAUCGUUUGAAGUAGUCGAUCAAAAUAUAAAGAAACAGGAAAUUGCUAUAUCACAUUUAGAUCAACGAAGACCUACUAUUAUGUCGUUAUUACAAAAAGGAAAAGAGCUCACUAAAGAUGAACAUGCUCCUAGCUUUAUGCAGCAAGAAGUUAAAACACUAGAAACUGGUUGGACUACUACUUAUGACGAAACAGUAGAUACACUUCAUAAACUUAUUGACACCCAAAACGUAUGGACCAAUUAUUCUGAACAAAAACAAGAGAUAACUCAGCUUUUAGAAAAAACCCAAAAUGAACUCCAGAAUCUAGCCGCUCCAACUACAGUCCCUUCGGAAAUUAUAAAGAAACAAGAAAUGAUAGCAAACUUGCGAGAAGCUAAAGAAGAUACGUUAACUAAACUUACAUAUUUGAGUGAACAUCUUAGUAAACAAGUUCCUAAUCAAAAAUCAGAACUCGACAAGGAAGUUGAACAAAUCCAGCAACAACUUAAUGAUACUUUGAAUCACGUACAGGAAAAUGUUACACUUUUAGAACAAUACAAUACUAAAAUCAAUACAAUCAGUAACCAAUUAAGUCAGGUUCAGACCUGGACAGUUCACGAAGCUCCUCAGUUACUUACUUCCAUAGACAUUUACUCUGUAACACCUAGAGAUAAAGUAGAGAAGAUUGAGAUGCUACAGAAGGAAGUGGAAUCUAAAAAGAAAAUGUUGUACAAACUGAACGAACAAGCACAACAGUUGAUGAUUAAUGAGACACCUGAAGCUAAUAGGUUGAAAGCACAUAUUGCAGAAAUUCAAGAGAAAGUGAACGUGCUUAAUGAAAACGUAAGAAGCCAAUCAGCUGUUGUUUCCGACGAUUUGAAAAAUUGGGAAGCAUAUCAAGCUAGUUUAGAAGAAAUAAUACCUUGGAUUGAAAAUUCUGAAGCUACUUUACAAUUGGGAUUACAAAAACCAGGUAGUUUGGAAGAAGCCGUUCAGGUACAUAAACAAACCAAGCAGUUUCAUGAAGAAGUAAAUCAACAACUUCGAAAGCUACAAGAAGUUGCUGAAUUAACUCAGAAGAUUUCUAUACUGACACAUGCUCCAGAUGAAGUAGACUCAAUUCAAACGCGAGUGUCGGUAAUUCAAGAUACUGCUGCUCAUUGGGAUGAUAAAACUGAUAAACUCUUGCAAAAUUGGAUAGACUUUGAUAAAAAUAUGCAACAUUUAGAAAAUUGGAUUUUGUCAAGUGAAGAAGAAUUAUCUAAACCUACUAAUGUGAAAGUUCAAGAUAUUGAUACAUUAGAAAAGGAAUUAGCAAAACUGAAAGCUUUUAAUAAUGAAAUAUCUGAACAGCAAGCUAAAUUGAUAUCUUUAACACAAACUUCAGAUCUUCUGAGCUAUAAUAUUAGUCCCGAAGGCGCUACCUUGAUGAAAGACGAAGUACAAGAAUUAAAAAUGAAAGUUUCGAAUAUUGCUAAUAGCACCAGGGCUAAGAUAAAUGAAAUUUCUGACGCCAUAUUGACGAAACACGAUUUCCAAAAUAAAAUUGCGGAAUACACUAAUUGGAUGGAACAUAUGAAAGCCAAUAUAGCUCAAUUAGACGAAGUACCUGCUGAUAAAUUGGAUCAGACCAUUAUGAACAUCCAUACUUUAAUACAGGAAUAUUCCGAUAAACAACCCUCAUUUCAUACCAUAUACAGUGAAAUCAAAGAAGUAUCUCUGCAGUCACCUCAACAAGUAACUGAACCUUUAACUGAGGAAUUCUCCGCUUUAGUUCAACAAAACCAAUAUAUAGAACAAAAAUUACAAGAGAAGAAAUCCCAAUUACAAAAAUGGAGUGAAGUAUUGAAUUGGCAUACCGACACAACCAAUCAAUUAUCACAUAUAAAAUAUCAAGCUGAUGCGGAAAAACUAACUCCCAAAGAUUUGAAGAAACUUAUCACGGAAACGGAUAAUAUUCUUGAAAAACUUAUCACCUGGAAAGGAAUUGCACAAACUAUCGACAAAAGCAACGUCGUAAUUUUAGAUAAACAAACUAGUUUACCGAGAACAGCAGAUAGUGUGGUUAGAGAAAUUGAAGUCAAUACAAUAAAUUUAAAAGGACAGUUGGGAAAUAAAGUCGAUGCACUUCAAUCGUUAAUGGAACAACGCGAUAAAUUUUCCAAAUUAAAACAAGAAGCAAUUGCAGAUUUGGAUAAAACUAAAUCUCAGUUGGCUGUAAUAACGAAUCAAGUUAAGCAUACUAGCGAUCUUCCAAAAGCAGUUGAACAAUUGACCUUACUUCUAGAAGAUCAAGCUACAAAAGCUGCUAUUAAAAAGAAACUCCACAGCGAAGCAAUGCAGUUAAUGAAAAAAGAUAUACAAAACGUUUCAGUUAUUCAAAAUGAUGUAUCUGAAAUAGAACGUAGCUUUAAUAAAGUGAAUGAUGAUAUUAGAGAUGAAGAUUUGAGAUUAUCGGAUAUAAUAUUUGCCUGGAACGAUUUCCAAGAAGCGAAAGACAGAAUCGUAACUGAUAUUGGAAAAAUUGAUAAAAGCAUCGAAAAUAUAAGUGUACCAAAUGAUAUAGUACAAGCUAAUAUAAAUUUCGAGAAAACUAAGAAAGCUUUGGACGCCAUUAAAAAAUCUAAAAUUGCUUUAGAGAAAGCUGACUCGAAAGCUCAAACUGUUAUCAAAAAAUCGGAGAACAUUCCCGGAAUUGAAUCAGAAGUAAAAAGAGACUUGAAAAUAUUAAAUGAUGCAUGGGGAAAGAUAUAUGAAAGAAUUUUAGUAUCGGUGCAACAAACUGAAUCACAAAGCGCAAUUUGGAAGCAUAUCGAUGAAACUAAAACUACAUUACUGCAGUGGAUAAGUGAGCAAAAUAAUCAAAUGAUCAAAGCUGCAGAAAAGCCAAACGAGAGAGAAGUAGCUACCGCUAAAUUGAACAAAUAUAAAGAAGAGCUACCAGCUCAAUUGAGACUUAACCAAACGAUACCACAAAAGUAUGCGCAACUUGUAAACACUACAGAUAAUAAAGAAAUUCCAACGCUGCAAUCUUUAGUUACUUUAUUAAACGAAGGAUUCACAACUUUAGAAGAAAACGCUAAUCAAUUAGAAGCUCUAAAAUCAACUUUCAAUGAAAACGAAAAAGCAAUUAGAAAUAAUAUUAAAGAAAUAGGAAAUAAAGUGUCAGUUUUAAGAGAAAAUAUAGUGAAAUGUGAAGAUUUAUCAGGAGAUAACGCAAAAAUAUUAGAACGGCUGCUAAGGAUUAGAGAUCUAAAACAAGAAUUGCAAAAGUAUGAUAGCGAUGUUAAAAAUAUAGACCAAGAUAUACAAGCUAUGAAAACUAAUUAUCCCAAUUUCGAAAAUACACUUUCAAAAGAACAACAGACGCUGAAAAAACGAUACGACACAACAGUUACUUACGCGGAUAAAAUCGAACAUGCGCUGUUAUCGUUUUUGAAAAAAUUCCAUAACGACAAAUACGGUGCCUUACAAAGAAUCAUUAAUACACACAAGGAAAAAAUCCAGUGGUGUUUACCAGAAGCUACUAGUGAUAAAUAUAAUUUACAGGUGAAACUUAAUGCGUUAGAACCGAUUCAAGCUGUACUGGAUGACUGUGAUAAACGUAAAGAAGAGCUACAGAAAUCUAUAAAAGUACUAGAAAAAAUCGAGAAUCCGGAUUCGGUGAAACUUCAGCAAGCUGAGCUGGAUCAUCUAUUAUUAGAUUUGGAAAACAUGAACUCGAAUUAUAUACAAACAAAACACAUACUUGAAAAUAACAUCGCGUUACAUGACCAAUACGAGAAAGUUUCUGAAGGUGUAAUUAACUGGUUGAAGGAUACUGAAAAUAGAGUGAAAAUCGAGAGUAGUCUACAAAUGGAUUUGAAAAAUAUCGAUACUAAAACUUCUGAAAUCACAGCAUUACACGAAGAUGUUAAAAAUUAUAAACCAGAAAUAGAAAAAUUGACACCUCUAAGUGAAGAAUUAACCAACGAGGUACCUGAAAGUCGUAUAGGACCGUUCGUACAACACCUGAAUAACAGAUAUCAAGCAAUAAACAAAUUUUUGACUCAUUAUAUUGAUAAAUUACACGAACUUGAUAAAUAUAAAACCACGUAUAAUAAUUGUAUACAAGAUGUAGAAAAUUGGUUGAUAAAAGCCGAAGAAAAAGUGAAUAAUUUCAGCAAAAGCGCCAGGAAACCAAACAAUACUAUUUUGGAAGAAUUGAAGAAUUUCGCUAAAGAAAAAGAAGUAGGUCAAAGUUUAUUAACUAGAGCAGUUGAACAUGGAGAAGCUCUGUUUCCGGGUAUAACACCUGAAAAUAGAGAUACUAUUAGAGCAGAGUUAAGAAAUUUGAGAGACAAAUCUGAAAUAUUGAUCGAUAAAGUGAACAAAAUAUAUAAGCAAGUAGAAACAACACUGAUGCAGAGACAUUCGUUCGAUGACAGUUUACAACAAGUCAAAUUAUGGAUAGAUGAUGCUGAAUUGAAAUUGGGAGAAGGUGGAAAACUUGAUGUAACUCUAUUGGAUAAAAAACAAACUCUUCAUAACUACAAGAUCCUUUCUCAAGACGUCAAUCUCCACAAAACUAUUCUAAAACAAUUACAAGAUAAAAUUGGUAAUUUAUCUGAUUCUGAAGCUGAAUCUAAAUUAGAUGAAAAUGUUAAAAAAUAUAACAGUUUAGCUGAAGAAGUUGAAAAUAGAAUAGAAAAAUCAGAAGAAUACGUUUUAAGUCACGAGGCGUAUAAUCAAGCUAUAGAAAAAUGUCGUGAUUGGUUAAGUGCUUUAACUAACGAAGCUGCUCUAUUAGUUGACGAAUCAUCAACUGAAAGUCCCGAAGCCAAAUUAGCGAUAGUAGAAAAUCUCUUAUCGCAAAAGGAAGAAGGUGAUAAGAUUAUUGCUUCCUGUAAACACCAAUUAGACAUUGUAUUGAAUCAAACAGCUCCUUCGGGACAACCUAUGCUGAUAAACAAUUUUGAUGAACAAGAAAAAUCGUGGCAGAGAUUCUUAGAUCUCUGCCAAGAAGCAAAAGAAAAACUAAACGAAAUUCAAAGUCAAUACGCUGAAGUCUCUAAGAUAAUGGAUGAUUUGGAAGCUUGGUUGAAAUCGAAAGAAAAUUUUGUUAAAGAUCAGAGUUUAAAAAAUACAGAAGACACAAAGAAAACACAUUUGGAAAAACUUAAGAUUUUAGAUAAAGAGAUUCAACAGAAAGAACCAGAUUUCAAUAAAUUCCUUGAAUUGAGCAAAUCCUUAGAGGUGGAUACAAGAAUUUCUCUUAUACCUACUAGAUAUCAGUCAUUAAGAAACGCCGUUAAAGAAAAUCAUAAUAAAUACGAAUCUUAUGUUUCGGAACAUCAUGAUUUCAAUGAAAAAUAUAAUGAUUUCUUGCAGUGGUUAACAACUAAGGAAAAUGACCUUCAAAACUUUUCUCAGAUUGUUGGAGACCUUAAUAUUCUUCAAACUAGACAAAAAGAUAUAAAAGAUUUAAUAGACGAAAGGAAUUGUAGAAUACCUGAAUUUGAAACUUUAAUAGAUAAAGGGGAGAAGUUGUAUGCACACACUUCCCCAGAUGGCAGAGAAAUUAUUAGACAACAACUUAAAAAUAUUAGAACUAUUUGGGACGCUCUAACCGAGGAUUUACAAAGUGCUAGUAAUAAAUUAGAGCAAUGUUUGACCCAAUUUUCCGAUUUUACUGUAACCCAAGAACAACUAACGAAAUGGUUGAAAGAUGUUGAAAAAGCCAUGCACCAACAUACUGAACUAAAAUCUACUUUACAAGAAAAACGAGCCCAGUUGCAAAAUCAUCAAAUAAUGCAUCAAGAAAUCAAAUCACAUCAACAAUUAGUAGAGUCGGUUUGUGAAAAAGCGCAACAGCUGGUAGAUCAAACACAAGACAAAUCUUUGAAUAUAUAUUUGCAAUCGAUUAAACAACUGUUUUUAAAUAUCGUAAGCAAAUCUGAUGAGUUACUCCGGAAUUUAGAAGAAUGCGUCGACAGACACAAUACCUACAAUCAAUUAACAAAUGAUUACAAAAAAUGGAUUGAAGAACAGAACGAGAGACUUGCAGAAUAUGCUGACACUACUGGUGAAAAGAAUGACAUAAACAAACGAAUUGAAAAUAUCAUGAGCAUUAAAAGAGAUAGUGAAAUAAAAGGUCCACAACUAUUAGAAAGCCUCAAGCAAAACGUUAUUGUUGUUGCCAAAAGUACAGCAUCUAAAGGAGUGGAAAACUUAAAGAUAGAACUCGCCGGUAUGGAAGAUUCUCUUCAUAACCAUUUAGAUUCAAUAAAUAAUAAGUUAGAUAAUCAAAAAGAGGCGCUCAAACAAUGGGACGAAUUUGACAAAACAUUAGAAGCUUUGAAUCAGUGGAUCAAAGAUACGGAAGCUGAAUUCAGGGAUCAACCUCUUCAGGCUACGUUACACGAUAAAGAAAAUAAAUUGAGAAUUUUACAACAACAGAGAGAACAAAUUGCUGCUAAGGAAAAGGAGAUUGACGAUUUUGUUGAUAAAAGCCAUGCAUUAUUAAAAUGUACCGGUUCGCAAAGAAUCCAACCAAUAACUUCUCAAAUGAGUAACCGAUUCCAAAAUUUACAUACUUUGACUAAAGAUAUAAUCAACAGAUGGCAGAAUAUUGUUGACGAUCAUAUAAAAUACAAACAAAGAUUAGAAGAAACUUCGGCUUGGUUGGCGCCUCUUGAGAAACACAUUCAAGCUUUGAAGGAAGAUGAAACUACCGAUAGUGUCGAAGCUAAUAAUAGAUUACAGGUACUUCUUUCUGAAGCAGAGCAGGGAGAACACAAAUUGAACUCGUUAACUAUUUUGGGCGAAAGGCUUUUGCCUGACACGGCUACUGAAGGCAGAGAAAUAAUCAGAGGUGAAAUUAAGGAGAUCAGAGAUAGAUGGGAAUGCUUGUCAGAAGGGAUCAAACAACAGCAGAAGUUACAAGAAUCUCAAACUUUACAGUUGGCAAAUUAUCAAGAUUUGCUACAACAGGCUCUAGCGUGGUUAGACUCGAUUGAAAAACAAGUGAAGAUUGAGCCUAAUUCAUGGAUUUCCUUACAAGAAGUGAGAGGGAAGCUACUGAAGCACAAGACUUCUUUACAAGAGAUUUUAACUCAUAAGAGAUUUAUUGAAGGUGUGACCGAAAAAGGUCAAUCUUUGGCGCAACUAACCAGCAGCAAACAAAAGAGAGACGAAAUAGAUGAAAAUGUAACUUCUAUAAACAAUCGUUACCAAAAUGUUCUCAAAACCGCACAGAAUAACAUCAAACAAUUGGAGGAUUGCAUGGACAUUUAUCAGCAAUUUUAUGAUCUCCACAAAGCUCAACAAGACGAACACAAACAAUUAUGGGAGAAGUUAAACUCCAAUUUGGAUUAUGGUGGUAAUAAACAGGUGUUGGAGAAAAGGUUGAGUUAUAUAAUAGAGCUGCAAGAUAGUCUUCCAGAAAACAUGGCGAAACUUACGGACCUCGAAACUUACAUUCAACAAAAAGCAAUUAAUUUACCUGCGCGUGCACAAGAAAACAUGCAACGAGAUGUCGAAAAUAUGAAAUUCGAACGACAAAAGUUCGUAACUACUCUAGCUGAUAUUAAAUCGGCUUUGGAAAAUAAGUUAAAACAAUGGAAUGACUAUGAGCGUAACAUGGAUAGGUUGUUAGCAUGGCUGGCGGAUGCGGAGAUGUCACUGAAGAGCUACGCUUUGAAGAGUACUUUGGAAGAAAAACAAGAUCAAUUAGAUAAAUACCAAGAACUAUCUAUAGCGAUCGAGUCUCGAAAAAUAGAUAUGAAGGAAUUUGUAACAAUUACAGAUCAACUGGAACAAGCACUGGGCUUGACUCUUAGACAAAACGAAACAGAAUUUGAUAGACUUUCUGAUAAUUCAGCCGAAUUAGCUCAAAGUAGUGGAGAUGCAAGAAUUGCAAAUAAUGUUCAACAGAUACUAUCCAGAUUCCAAUCGGUACAAGUGACUGGUAAAGAAAUACUCAAGAAAUGCGAGCAAGCAGUUACAGAUCACAAACUAUUUUCAGACAAAUAUAGACAAUGUGCUGAUUGGAUUUCAGUUACUAGAAAUCGGUAUGAGAGUUGUGCAAAUAGUAUUGAUAGCGCAAAUCGGCAAUCUCUAGAAAAUCAAGGAAAUAUAAUCGAAGAGCUUUUUGGACAACAAUCCAAUGCUACAUCUCUUCUUAAUAGCACGAUCGAAAUGGGCGAGAAAUUAUACCCUUCAACAUCGUUAGAAGGCAAAGAAAUUAUCAAUAAACAACUUCAAGAACUGAAAGAUGCCAUGGACUCACUUUUCGAUGAAAUUGGCAAAACUGAUCGAAAUUUGAAAGCUAACAAAGUAAUAUGGUCUGGAUUUGAAGAAAGUUUAACCAAGGUUUCUAGUUGGUUAAAAGAAAAUGAAAAGCAGUUACCCCUAGAAGUAGAACUUAAAUCCACUUUAGAUGAAAAAAAAGCGCAAUUACAAAUAUAUAGAAAUUGUCUACACGAAAUAGCCUCACAUCAGCAAGACAUACUGGAUUUAAAAGACAAGGCUAAUAGUUUACCAGACCGUAAUGAACUUAUCGAUAGCCAAUUUAAAACUUCAUCUGAUCAAUAUGAAAAAUUGUUAAAGAGAGCUCAAAACUUUGUGGAACAAUAUGAGAUAAUUGUUAGUAAUCACCAACAAUUUGUUAAAGCUCUUCAUCGAGCAGACGAAUGGAUUAGUACUACAAAUAGUAAUAUAUCUAAUUUGAGUGAUCUAGAUUUGGAUAGGACAAGUUUACAAUCUAAUUUAGAAAGGUUGAAGGUACUGAAAGCAUCAAUCCGUGAUGAAGAAUCUAGACUACUUACUAUUAAAGCUUUUGGCGAUAAAGUCAUUCUGGGUACCAUUGAUUAUGGUCAAGCUAACAUCCGGUCUGAAAUACAAAAUUCUCAAAAAGAAUGGGCCGCUUUGGUAUCAAAUCUUGAUGUAGGUUUUCAACAACUGGAAAACAAAUUGCAGCUUUGGACUGAUUACGAGGCACUAAAAGAUAAAUGUCUCCUUUGGAUGCGAGAAACUGAUAACAAAUUACAUUCUGUCGAUCUUAAAUCUACAGCUGCAGAAAAGAAAAUACAAUUGGAUGUCCUCAAAGAGCUACAAGGUGAAAUUAAAGCUAAAGAACUUGAAAUAGAUCAAGUAACUGAAAGAGCCCAGCAACUUAAUAAAGGUAUCAUGGGUAGACCCUCACAAAUAUCAGAAUUGGGUGUUAGGUACCAGCAAAUUUGUCAGAAGAUUAAAGAUUUAACCAACCGUUGGCAACAGCACGUUACUAAUCAUCAAGAUUUCGACUCUCAAGUUGAUCAGUUUUCUCAAUGGAUGGAUGAUAUUAAAGAAAAACUCACGUAUUGCUCUGAAAUUGCUGGAGUACCACAAAAGGAGCUUGAAGUAAAAUUACAAACCAUGCAAGAACUUGUUUUAAGGAAAGAAGAGGGUUCGUCUAAGUUACAAACUCUAGUUGAACUAGCUCAAACGGUGUUAGCUAAUACAGCUCCUCAAGGCCAUAACGAAAUAAAUGAAACUUUAGUUAAACUGCAAGAGGAAUGGUCUAAUCUAGCCACUUCCAUGGUUGAAUCUAAAGGUCAUCUUGAUGAUGCAUUAACAAAAUGGGCGGAAAUGGUUGAAGAAAUCAAAGCUCUGGUAAAAACUAUAGAAUUACUGGAAUCUCAAUACGAAGAACUGUCUGAACCACAAUCUACCCUUAGUGAAAAGAAAAACAUAUUGGCGAAAAUAAAAACAUUAGAAGAGAAGACGAGAGCUGAGAAGAUUGAUGUUGACAAUUUGAAAGCACACAUCGCAGAAGUUUUGCAGAAGAAAAAAGGUAGUGAAGCUACUGAAGAGGCUCAAGAAACAUUAAAUAGAUUCGACGCUAUAGCUGCAAAGAUAUUUAAACUAUCAUUGGAUAAAGAUGCACAAUACAAGGACCAUAAACUAUACAAAGAAGCUUAUGAUGAAGUUCAAAGAUGGAUGACAAGGGCUCAAGAGAAAGUACCUCAACUUCAGAGACCUCUGAGCGAAAAAUUAACAAUAGAUACUCUUGCUGCUCCUUUGGAUCAUUUAUUAAAUAAAAAAGCGCAGGGUGAAGUUUUGUUGGAAAAUUUGGAGCACACAGCUCAAGUUGUUUUACCAAAUACAAGUGAAAAAGGCCAAGAGUUGAUAAACAAUGACAUCAGAGCCCUAAGAGAAUCAUUCGAUAGAUUAUUCAAAGACUUAAAACAACAAAGAGAACAAUUAGAUGCAGUUUUAGCUAACUGGAGAGACUACAAAGAUGAAUACGAAAAAGUUUCAGAUUGGUUACAACAAAUUGCAAUUCUUAUCAAGAAUCAAAAAAUUGCACUUAUGUCUAACCUUCCAGAGAAGGAGAAACAAGUUAAAGAUGUUGAAGGUAUAUUACAAGAUCUCGUAAACGGAAAAGAACAAAUUGAAAAAUUAAAUAAAACUGCAAGCAUUCUAUUGAAAUCUCCAUUAGAAACCCAUGUCAAUCACCAACUUCAACAACUUAAUUCGAGAUACCAAGUUGAGUUAAGUUUAGCAAAUGAUGUGCUCAAAAAAGUUGAAACUAAUUAUGGACAACAUAAGGAAUACGCUGAUAAUCUGGAAAAAACUAGAGCUUGGAUUGAUAACGCUCGAGAACUUAUAAGAAAUUGUUCCGAAGCCGUUUCACAUAGCAGCAGAGAAACGCUGCAGUCUCAUCUCAAUAAAAUCCAAGAUUUACUUCUAAGACGCGAGGAUGGACAAAACCUAGUUCACACAACUGUUAACUGCGGGGAAAAAGUUUUAAGAAAUACUAGAUCUGAUGGUAAAGAAGCUAUAAAUAAUGAAUUAAAAGAAAUACAAAACGAUUGGGAACGCAUUGUUAAAAAAUUGUCUACCACAAAAGUUAACCUUGAAACAGCUUUACUUCAAUGGGCAGACUACGAUAGUUCAUACAGUCAAUUACAACAAUGGAUAACUGACCGAGAAGCUAAGCUACAACAAGUCACUGAACCUAAAAUUACAAAAUUAGAGAAGAAAGGACUUGGUAGUCUACCCAUUGGCGACAGAAAAGCUACUUUACGUGAAACUGGGAGCAUAUUACAAGAUAUUGUUUCAUUCGAACCUAUGAUCCAGUCUGUAGCUUCUAAAGCUGAAGAUUUAAAACAAGCCGCACCAGCGUCAGAAAUAUCAACUAAAUAUGAAACGUUGUCUAGACAAGCUCAAGAAUUAUACGACAAACAAAAAGAAGUAGUUGAAAAACAUGAGGCGUUUGUUGACGCUGUUAAUGACCUUCAUCAAUGGAUCCGCAAUGCCCGUGAACGUCUAGGAAAAUGUUCCGAACCAACUGGAGACAAAGAAAGCUUAGGAAGUAAGCUUUCACAACUUAAAGCACUUAAAAACGAGGUUUCAGAAGGCCAACAAAAAUUGGAACUUGCUAUUGAUCUUGCAGAUAAAGCUAUUCCAUUCGCUGAUGAUAUGGAUAAAGAAAUUAUCGAAGAAGAAGUCGGUUUGCUGCAAGAAGAUUUCGAUAAUUACGUAGAAAAUUUGAAUCAUACAAAGAGUUUAUUAGAAGUUGGAAUUGUUAAGUGGACAGAAUAUGAAGAUCAAUAUAGAGAUGCUUUGGAAUGGUUAUCACAAACAGAAAAAAUGAUACAAUCUUUCAACAAACUUCAGGAUAGCUUAGAAGAAAAAAGAGCAGUGCUAGAACACUUCCAAUUACAACUACAGAAUCUGUUCGAUUGGCAAUCUGAAUUGGACCGAUUAAACAUGAAAGCUCAGAUCUUAUUGGAAACAUGUGCUGAUACCAGAGUAAGUAAUGCUAUAACGCAAAUAUCCACCAAAUAUAACGCGAUAUUAUCACUUGCUAAAGAAAUUAUGAGAAGAUUGGAAUUACAUUACCAAGAGCAUCAACAACAUAAUGCUCUUUGUCAAGAAUGUCAAGAUUGGAUGGAUAGAACAAGAGAUAAACUCAAUAGUUGCCUCGAAAUACCUGCAACCUUAAACGAAAUAAAUAAUAAAUUACAAGCAGUUAAAAGUAUCAGAGCAUCUCUCGAACAAGGUCAAAACAAGUUAAGAUACAUCCAAGAACUUAAAGAACGCGUUAUAAUGAAUACAGAACAAUCUGGCGUUGCUAAAAUUAAAGAAGAUACAGAAGUUCUUCGUUUGGAUAUGGAAAAACUUUUGAAUGAUGUACAAGAUGCUAGAUGCAAACUUCAAUCAAGAGCCAAUCAACUAGAAGAUAUUGAUAAGAUAUACAAACAACUAUUGGAAUGGCUCCAGGAACAAGAAAGUCAAGUCCAAUUAGAUGAUGGUUAUCUUAACGAAUUAGGAGAAAAGAAAGCGAAAUUAGAAAAACUUAGAGCUAUUCAAAAAGAAAUUGACUCACACAAUGAUUUAGUGGAAAAACUUGAUAAUAAAUUACAAGAAGAUUCUACAUUUAUUACUAAAGAAUAUGAAAACGUGAUACAACGUUACCACAAAUUCAAAAACGAUAUACAAUCAAUAAUCUCGAAUUUAGAAAAUGAAGUAGCGGAUCACGAGAAAUAUAAAGAUUGUUAUAAUUCUGUUUGUGACUGGAUCAGGAAAGCACAAAUUGAAAUCCAAUCAUGUUCAGAUCUACAUCAAGAACUUGAUAAAAUCAUUGAGAAGGAAAGUAAAAUUUUAGAAAUAUCAAAUUCAUUAACGGAAUGCGACGAUUUAAUACAUAGAACUAUAGAGUAUAGUAUUUUGGUGAUGAAAACCACAGGAUGGGAAGGAAAUGAUAUAAUCAGAAAUGAAAUAGAUCAACUUAAUACUGAUUGGGAAGGCCUUCAAUUUAUAUGUGAAGAUACUAAAAAAUCAUUGAGAAACUGUAAAGAAGCAUGGGAAGAGUUUAAAAAUUCAUAUAAUUCUGCUAACGAUGCUAUAGAUACAAAUCAGAAACGUUUAAAUGAAAACUUGAACGUAGAAUUUAAUGAAACGAAUCUAGAAAAAUGUCGCAGUCUCUUGGAAGAUAUAACCGCUCUUAAACCACAAAUGGAAAAUCUCACAGACGUUUGUGAAACCCUGAUAGAAUACAGCGCCAUUAGUUGGGUGAGAGACAAGACUGUUCAACUUCAAUCUAAAUACAUAAACCUUCUCACGAAUAUUCAAAGCUUGGUAUCCAAAAUCGAAAAGAACUUAACAGAUCAAACAGAAUUUUUGAAUAUUAAAGCUGAGCUGGAAACAUGGUUACAAAAUGCACAUAGUGCAGUACAAGAAUGCGUAGGUGUUUGUGAGGAAGCUAUUAUUAAAGAGAAACUGGGAGUGAUUUCUAAUAUUGCUGCUAAUAUGGGUGAAGGACAAGGACUUUUAACAAAAUUACAAGAAGCUUUUGGUAAAGCCAUAAACGUAGCAACGAAUGAAAAACAGGCAGAGCUUCGAGAUAAUAUGACAACAUUAAGAAACAGCUGGGAUCAAAUUAAUAUGGAUAUUAAAUCAAUUCAAGCUCAACUUAAAGCUAGUCUAGCUAGAUGGGAAGAAUUUAAUAAAAAUACACAGAAAUUCGAAAUAUGGUUAAAUAACACAGAAAGUAAACUUCAAGAAAAAUGCUCUAGUAGAGGACAAGUUAGUGAGAUUAAAACACUAUUGGAGAGAUUCAAAAACCUCCAAACGGAAAUUCAAAAUAAAGAAACGGAUUUGGAUAGAUUGAAAUGUGAAGGCCAAGAUCUCAGCGCUUGGGUUAAACAACUUUCAGUUCUAGAGCCAGUACAACAACUCGAAUUGAGAUAUAAAAAAUUGUCUGAAUCUUGCAACGCUAUUAAGGAAUCUUUUGAAAACGAACUGGAAGAUUACAACAUUUACCACCAAAAACUACAAGAAACCGAAAAAUGGUUACUUCAAGUAUCUUUCCAACUGAUGGCUCACAAUUCUCUAUACAUCAGUAACAGAGAACAGACAGAAGAACAAUUAGCCCAACACGAAACGCUUUUAGAAGAAAUACAAAAGUAUCAAGCGAUUUUGGACGACGUUAGAGGCAAAGGACAGGCUCAAAUGAUCAAAUACGAAAAAGAAGCACCUGAUGUAAAAGACACAAUAGAAAAACAAUUGAGUAACGUUCAAGACAGUUAUAACUCUUUACUACAAACCGCAAUUCAGAUAAAGAAUAGAUUAAACGAUUCUCUGGCUAAAUUUAAGGAGUACGAAGAUACAUUAGACAGCAUCAUGCAAAAUUUAGAUGAAUUUGAGCCAAUCAUAGCUCAAGAGAUCGAAAAACCAAUUGAGAAUUUAGCUGAUGCCAAAGCUCAACUAGAAACUGCUAAGACGCUCCACAACAAAUUGCAGAGUGAGAAAUCUCGACUGGCUGUAGCUGUACAAGCUUGUGAAGCUGCUACUGCUUCUAUCAGUCGUCCUAGCAGUCCAAGAGAUACACUGCCUCCUCCAGUACCCAUCAAAGAACUUGAGUGUAGAGCCAGACUAGAAGAUGUGAUCGAUCAAAUACAAGCUCAUCUCAGCGACUUGACAACAUCGGUCGCCGAGUUUGAAGAAAAAGAAAAACAACGAAACGAACUUAAAAACUGGAUAUUAUCCCAGAGAACAGUCGUUACUGAAUGGAAAAAUAAACCAGUCAAAUUAAGAGCCGAUGCAGCUAAGCAAGAAAUUAACAAUAUGCACGAUCUGCUAACAGCUAUUGACCAGCGCAGAAAUCUAUUAAUUUCCGAUUUAACAACAUCUGGAGACGAGAACGAUGAAUUGGAAAAGUUGUUGAACGAUUUAGAAAGAGAUCUAAUUGGUAUUAUAGCAGAAAAGCAAGCUAAUUUAGAAAUUAUCGACGAAUACAGACAAAACGUGCAAGUAAUGAAUAGUUGGUUCGAUAACUUAGGUAAACGUAUCGAAGCUAUCGACAAAGGUUCUGGAUUAAAUUGUGAACAGAAACAAGCUUCUAUAUUAGAAAUCAAAGCAGAAUUUGAUGACCAAGGUUCAAAAAGACUUGAAGAAAACAAUCGCUUAGCUUCAUUAGUUACUGAUUUUGUAAACAAUCUAGACUCCCAGCAAAUAGAAGAGCAAUCUAAAGCUACAGAACGAAGAUACAAUGAGAUUGCUAAAAGACUACAGAGAAAACUACAAGUAUUAGAAAUGACUAAGAAAGGUAUAGAAGACACGAGAAACGAAAUCAACGCAGCAAGAGAUUGGGUGAAAGAGAAAGUAUCCAGUUUACGUAAACCAGAACCACUCGGUUUUGAAAGCCGAAAAGCUGACGAUAGGAUAAAUGCUCUACAAGAUCUGUUAAAAGAAGCAGGAAAUAAACUAGUUCUUAAAGAAACUCUUCUCAAACGCAUCAAUAAUAUGAGUAACGAACUAGAACCUACUGAGGCAUCCCAAAUUGAAAAGAGCCUCAAAGAAUUAGAAAACGAACAAGGUCAAUUAAUAGACAAGAUCAAAAGUGAAAUAGAUCGAGUAACAGCUGCAGCUAAUACAAGACGAAAUCUUGAACAAAACCUAGAAAAAGCCAAGGCUUGGAUCAAAGCUAAAAGCGCAGAUUUAAGAAAACUUUCAGGUUACUUACCUCUUCAAGCUAACCAAGUGGAAAAAGAAAUCACACAACAUGUCGCACAUGAAGCGGAUAUUAAACAAUUUAACGAAGGAGACUUGAAUGAUCUUCUCAAACUUGGUAACAGUGUAUUAAAAGAUUGUGAUGAAAAUGAUCGUGAACGUUUACAACAAAUACUUAAUGAAGUCAAAGAAGAAUUCGAUAAUCUCAAACAAGAAUCUGAACAAAAAAUUGGUGCUCUUCAUGAUUUACUUAAAGGUAGAAAACAAUUUGAAGGAUACAUAGAGGAAUGUGUGAACUGGUUAAAGGAAGCGGAAGUCGCUACUUCGUCUGAUAUUAGAGCCGCCAAUUUAGACGUACUAGAAGAACAGUUAGUUAAAUAUGAAAAACUACACGACGAUGCUAAUAAAAUACAAAAUUCAAUAGAAAAAGUUAAUGAACAAGGAAAAGCUAUCCUACCUACAAUAUCAGAAUCUGACAAAAUAACGUUGAACGACACGUUAAACAGCCUCAAAAAUCGUCACAGAAAAGUUGCUGAUAUAAUCGAAGAUAGAAUGAUGGGAUUGAAACAAAAUAUUCAUCAACUUAAAGAGGCACAAAGAAUUUUAGAAGAUUGUGAACAGUUUCUACAAGACAUUCAAGCUCAACUUAAGGAUCUCAAUAAACCUCUCGGACCCAAAGUAGAAGAUGUCCAACAAGUAAUAUCAACUUAUGAUAGAAUUCUUAAAGAUCUCAAAGAUAACAGAACAAAGUUAAGUAAUGUUCCAGGGGCAAAUACAGCUGACCUACAAAAUUUGGUCAACUUGCAAGAUGAUUUAAUCAAAACAUGCGAAGAUCAAUUAUCAAAAUUACGUCAAUUACUACUACUACGUGAACAAUACUUAGCUUUAAUCACUGAAAUUAUGACAUUCAUCACUAAAUAUACUGAAAUAGUUAGAGACAUUGAAAAAUCUGGUGGCUCCAUCCACGAAAAAAUACAGAAGUACGAUGAUGUCAUUUCGAAAAUACAGGAAUGCGAAGCUCUUUUGGCGUCAGCUUCAGACAAAGGACAGCAAAUUGCCGCAGAUGGUUCAGCUCAAGAUAAAAAUACUGUUACCGAACAACUCCAAUCGCUUAAGCAAGCUCUACAAAAUUUGAGAAGAGCCGUUGAAAAACAAAGACAAGAACAUGAAAAUACAGCAGCUGAACAUUUGAAAAUCGCUGCUGAAUUGGAAGAAGUUCUUGAUUGGCUACACGAUAACGAAAGUGCUGUUAGAUCCAGACCUUUGUUAGGUAGAGAUGUCGCUACUGUCGAUAAAGAAUUAAAGAAUCACUCAAAACUAGCAGAAAAAGUGAACGAUAAUUUGAAUAAAAUUAAAAGUAUACAAGAGGCUACCAAGAAUGACGAUAAUCUACCUGGUUCUAUUCAAGAACAACUACAAGAAGCCAAUUCCUUAUUAGUUUCGUUACCUAGAGAAUUAGAAGAGAGACAAAAAUAUUUGGAGAACAAUAAGGUGUUGCGAGAAGAGUACGUCGUUCAGAAGCAAAAAUUAUACGAUUGGGUGAAAGAAGCUGAAAUUCGUUUGGCGACACAUAAAGAUGGAGUCGAUUUCGAAAAUAUUGUUCAAGAAUUAGAAGAACACCGAAUAUUCUUUAACACUGGAAGUAAUAUUAGAGAACUAGUUAACCAGACUAUACAACAAGCUGCAGAUAAAAUUUACCCUAGUUUGACUUCUUACGAACAAGAGGAACUCAGCCGUGAGCAACAACAACACGUGCAGAUUUUGAAGAACACUUUGAAUUCGGCCAAAUCCCAAAAAGCUCAAUUAGAACAAGAUGCUGAAAUGUGGAAAGAUUAUUGUAAUACCUUAGAUCGAGUGAAAGCAGUUAUAUCGAGAACCAAAUUCAUCGACGAACCUGUGUCCACGCUUGCUGGUUUACAUUUCAACAUUCAGAAGAUAUCACAUGCCUUGAAUGACGUACAGAACCAACAACUAGAACUCGACCUUCUGCAACAACGUGUCAACGAAAUUAUACAACAAGCUGACCAGAAGAAUAGGCAGAAUAUACAAUCUCAAAGUGAUCAAGUCAGUGAAGAAUGGACAUCGUUAGUAUCAGAUUUGGAGAAAAGAAGAGAUACUCUUACAGGAUUGGCUCAAAUGUGGGAAGUUUUUGAAGGCAGAUGGCAAAAUUUCGAAAGUUUGCUAAGCAGUGUUUCGGAAAAGGCCAAACAUCUCGAUUAUGUAGUUAGAAGUAAAGAACAUCUUGUGCAAACAAAUAAAAGCUUGAAGGAGCUCCAAUCCGAAGCAGAAGGUAUAAGAUCAUUCCAAGAAGAAGUUAAGAAAUUAUCGAGUACUAUUUUGACGUAUCUGCAGGAAAGCUCACCACCUUCAGCGAACGCCCUUUCCACCAAAUUGGAUCAACUGGAUGAGACGUACGAAAGGCUUUUAACUGAUUUAAAAGUAAAACGUGAAAAUAUUGAAGAAGACUUAAAGGAAAUAGAGAAGGUAUUGAGAGACAUAAAGAACUAUAAAACUAGUCUAACUAACCUUAAACAAGAAGUAGAGAAAUUCUACGUUUUUGACGCCAACAUCGAAAAAACUCAGGAAGACUUAACCCAACUUCAAACCAAAGUUAAUAGCGAAAUCGAAGAUACUAAAGACUUUUCUAGUAAUAUUAUUAAAAAAUAUACAAACUUACAAAGCUUAGUACCUUCCGACGUAGCACAAGAACUGAAUCAAUUAGAGUUACUAGCAGAGUCUAUAUCCAACGCAAUGGAAGAAAAAGAUAGAGAAUUCAAAAAAGCUAGAACCACAAGAACUGAUUUUAACAAUGACGUUGAUGAAAUACAAUCUUGGAUUAAAGAUGCCGAAUUGCAAAUUCAAGAUAGAUCCAUCGAACCUCAAAUUUUGCAUGACAAUCUCCAAAGAAUUCAAUCUGACUUUAGUAGUACCAACGAUCGGUUAGACAAACUUACAAGAAAUGGAAGAUUGAUCAUUCAAAAGACUAGAGACAACGAAGAAAAAGAAAUAACCCAAUCUACUAUUAAUGCUUUGACUGAACAAUUAUCCCAAUUGAAAUCUUUGUUAGAUGAAAGAAAACAACAAGUUGGUGAAACUUUGGAUGCAUGGCAACGAUUCUUAACAUUAUACCAAGCUGUGAUGCAAUGGGUUGCCGAGAAAAAAGUAUUCCUCAAGGAUCAGUUAUAUCUGAGUACUCUAAUUGAAGCUAAACAAAAGUUACAUGAAUAUUCGAACGCCGCAAAGAGCUGCAAAAGCGCUACCAAAAAUUUGAGUGAUAUGGCUAAAGAACUAGAAAAUAUUGGUGACAUAACUAGUGUGGGAGACCUUCCACAAAAAAUGGAAGAAGCUGAAGAAGCUAAAGCCGAAGUUGAAGCGACUAUAUUAAAAAGGAACGGAUUGUUACAAGAAACCUCUGAAGAGUGGGAACAAUGCGAGAAGAAGAUUAAAGACGUGAAAGGCUGGAUAGAAAAAACAAAAACCGCUCUCGAUUCUCCACAGAAUAAGAAAAAACCAUUAAGAGAUCAGCAUGGAUUAAGAGAAAAAAUGUUGGCCGACAUACAUAUCCAGAAAACAAAGAUUUCUUUAUCCGUUGAGAAAUUACAGGUUCAUUUCCGUUCUGGCAUAGAAAGCGACUCUAAAGUAACCGAGUCAGCCGAAGAUUUACUUGUUGAACUCGAUGAGCUCAAAGAAGUAAUAAAAACUCAAAGUUCCGAAUUAGAAAUGGCUAUAUCACAAGUGGACAAUUACCAGCAAGAAGUACAACAAUUACGACAACAGAUAGUCCAAGUUGAACAACAACUGAGAACCACAAUGGCUCCCAAUUAUUUACCCCACGAUAGAGACCAAGCUAUCCGCGACCAACAGGCGCGGAUCGAAGCAAGUCGGCAGAAGAUUUCCUUACUCGUCGCCAAAAUCCAACAAGUGGAUCCCUAUUCCACGCAACCCCACCCGGAAUACUCUUUGCUCGGAGUAUCCUACGCUGACAUCGCCGCUGGACGCUCGAAAUCUCAAGAACGUCGAUCAGCUUCACCCGCCUACGAAAAACUCGAUAUCGAAUUGAAUAAAUUGGAGAGAAAUACAGAUGCACUUCUCCCUGAGUCAAACAACGAUCAGUCGAAUGUUCAGCUGGAGCCAGACACAUUCAUUCAAUCAAAAACAUAUACUCAAUUAGAAAAUAUUCCUAUAGUAAACGAACCAGAGCCUAUUAUAGAAUCACAACAAUCAGAAACACCUCCCAAAAUAAAAACACCUAGACGUAGUCGUUCACCCAGGCCAAGAAAUUUACCAAAAAGAAAGGUUUCAAAUAUAAAAUCUGCUACGGAUAUAUCCUCUACAGAAAUUAUUGUAGAACCGGUAAUAGUCAUCGACACUUCAACGGUAGUAGAAGCAACUGAAGAACUUUUGGAUAAUACUGAAUCAAAAUAUUUAAAUAUAAAACAAAGAGGCAGAAGUCGCUCCCCCAGUCCCAUGUGGGCACCAGGCGGAUGUACUUACGCUGAAAUUUUGAGAGGACAGCCAAGAACCUCAGAAGAAAGAGAAAUAUCCUCAAUACAAGAUGAUACCGAACCGCCAUUGUCAACAAUACCAAACGUAGUAAAAGAGGAACUUGAUCCUAAUACAAUGGAUAUUCAAUCUGAAUCAAAAUCUGGCAGUAAAACUUCAGAAAUAUACGAAAGUAUAAUAUCUCAUCCAAUUGAGGAAUGGACACAGUAUCAUCAAAGCGAAUAUCAAACUCAAACACCUGAACAGAAACCAAACUAUUUUAAUCAAAAUGUUCACGUCAAUGCUAAUAUUGUUGAGUAUAUACAACCAUUACCAGAUAUGGUAAAUUUCAUAGCCUCGGGUCAACAACUGAUGAAUUCAGGUCUAGGAACCUACCACAGCUCUGAAAACUUUAAUAUAACUUAUAACGAUAAUAAUUACUCUGAUACAAUGUAUACGGAAGGGACGUAUUCCAUUUCUAAUGAAGUAUCUCCUCCAGCUGAAGAAUCAGAUAUCAAAGAACAACUUGAACUUUCAAAAGAAGAACAAGUCGAAGAAAUGCCGCGUGAACCACUAACGCAAACGUCGCAAACUGAUGUUACUGGUUCGCAUUUCUCUUAUGCUCAAAUUUUGUCUCAGGGACUAAGCGCCAAAAAUCUCCAGCCAUCCAGUAUAGCAACAGUGCAAUCUCCGAACGCCCGAAAAACCCCCAGACAUAAAUCUCCAAUGCUUGGUUACACCACGCAUGCGGAAGAUACGAAGUCUCAAUCGAGGGAGUACGAAACGCGCAAAUAUUUGAAGGACAGUUCUCUACCAGAGAAAUUCCUCAAUGUUGUUGAACAGCAACAUACAAAAACAUUAAAAGAAGAUAUAGAUACCUUCGAACGUGAUCAGUUGUCUUCUUACCAUGGAGAGCCUAUGAAAAUAGGUGGUCAAGAAACAACUGUUGUUUCCUCAAAACAAGACUUAUUACUUAGUGAUAGUAACGCUUCCCCCAUAAAAGAUAGAUAUAAAAAUCAAAAAAGUAAGAAAUCUAAACCUCAAGAAAAUACAGAUAAGUCACAUACUAUCCAUACCAAAACGAAAGAAGUUGAAGAACCACUCAAUGAAAUUUCUAUUGAAAAGACUAAAACAACUAUUAAAUUGUCACAAACUAACAUUUUCCAAACAGACGAAUCGUUCGACGGUAGUGAUGCCAACUCACAAGAUAAAAAAUCCAAAAAGAAAAGAAAAUCGAAAGCUAAACCAGAAGAAAAUAAAGCUACAUUUGUUAUUGAAGAAGUUAUCAGACAUAUAUCUGAUGAUGAAACUGAAAAUGAUAAAAUAAGCCAGCUUCCGAAACAGGAGAAAAAACAAAAAAAUAAAAAAGGAAAGGAUUCACAGAAACAAUCUAUAAAUGUAGUUACUGAAGAACAAGAACAAAUUAGACAAGUACUUGAGUCUAACAAAAAGGAAAGUUUCAAUACUGAAAUCAAAGAAUCUGAAAAGAAUGUAGAGAAAUCUAAAAAGAAAAAAGUGAAUAAAAAUCAUCAAUCUGAUAUACGGGAACAUGAUAAUUAUCAAGACACUAAUAAAAUAGAGAAUGUGAAAUCUGAAAGCUCAGAUAUCAACUUGGUUUCUAUAAAUACAACAGUAGAAACAAACAUGGAUACAGUAACAAUUAGUACUGAUAAUGAUAUCAGCAAAUCUAAGAAGAAAAAGGACAAGAAAGCCCCAGAAACAAUAACUUCUGAAAAACCAACUGCAGACCAUGUUAUUGAAGAAUCCAAGUGCGAAGUAAUUGAUGAAGCAAACAUUGUAUUUGAUAAAGCUAGGACCAAAAAAGAUAAAAAGAAAAAACACAAAAAAGAAGUAACAAAAACUGAAAAUCUGGAUCAUUCAAUUGAACCAGUACAAAUAAAUACAGCUGAAUCACAUAUUAACGAAAUUGAACAUGUGGAAACAAACAUAAUCAACGCUGCUACACAAGUAGAUGGUAACAAAAUAGGUAAAAAGAAGAAACAAAAGAAACAAUUUAAAGACAAAGAUAGUGAAAAUGCUGAGUCACCAUAUAUUAAUGUCACUGAAAUAUCUCAAGUUACACCUCCAACUGAGGUAAAAUUAGAAGAAAACUCAACUACUGAACCCGAUUCAAAAGCAAAUCACUUUACUUCUGAAGAUCAAAUUGAAAAUCGACGCAAAAAAAAGAAACAACAUUCAGAAAAACCUGUUGAGGUUAUUGAGCCUCAAAAAUCAAUUUCUGAACUAACUAGUCUAAUUAAUUUCAUCGAAACUGAAAAAUCUCACGCUGAACACGCAGUUAUUGACGCUAUGAGUAAUUUCAAAACAUUAGAUGUAAAGGAAAACUCUCAAAAAAUAAUUAAUUUAGAAGAAACUAAUGCUACUUCUAACGAUCAGAUCAAAAAAGACAACAAGAAGAAACAAAAGAAAAAAUCCACAGCUCAAAACCUUAAUAAGCCUGUCGAUAAAUCACAAGAAUUUAUUCUCACAUCAAUUCCUAUUUCGGCUACUUUUAUCGGUCUAGAUAAGUCCAAAACUGAACGCACGAUAGUUAACACCGGAGAAACUGAAUCAAAAUCAGAAAAAGUGGAAGAACUGGAAACCAAAAGAGAAGUUAUUACCAAAGUAAUUGAUUUAGAAGAUAAUUUGGAUAAUAAACAAGUUGAUAAAAAGGAGAAACAAUCCACACCUCUAGAAUGUAACGAACUUCUAAAAAAUGUUGACAUUACUAAAGAAAUUACCGAAAUUUCAGUCACUGAUACUAAUAUUUAUAAAGAAAAUGCAUCAGAACCACAAAAGAAAGAAGAAUCGCUAUCCAAUAAAUUUGGUACAAUCGAAACUAUCGACUCAAAAGGUUGUAUUCCUACUAAAAAAUCUAAAUCGAAGAAACAAACUUCAGCUAAAGUAGAAAAACUUGAGCAAAAUGUCGAGUCACCGAAACCUAAAUUUGUUUCUAGUUCAUCCGAUUUUAUUAAAGCAGAAAGGUUGGAUAUUAGUAAAUCGAUUCAUCAGCAUACAACAAUUGAAACGGAACCGGAAUUAAGUCGAAAAGUAACAUCAACCGAUCUAAUGAGCUCAACACAAAUUGAAACUACUUCUAAUAAUGAAUUUGAAAAUAAUGACAAAACCGUUGAAACUAUUAUACCACCUUUAUCUAUAGACAACGAAAAUCCACAAACUGAAUGGAUUUGUGAGCACACGAUAAUUGAUAAAACUGUAUUGAAACCAAAAGAAUCGCCAAAUUUAUCGAUAACAGAAGAUUCUGUAGUAAAUGAUACGAAAAGAAAGUCUAAAAAAAAGAAAGGAGAAGCAGAGCAUCGACAUAAAACAAAUGUUGUGCUUAAUUCUGCUAUUGAAGAAGAAAUAACCAAAUCUGAAGACAACACACCACAAACUUCAAGUUAUAUCAUUAGUGAAAUUGAUUCUAAGAUUGUUCCCAAUAAAAAUGAUAUUUCAGAAGAAAGUACUAACAUAUUUGAAACAAAAGACGUAAUUACAACAGAAGUACAAGAGAAAUCCGAAAAACAAACUCAAUACAUACCAAAGAAGGAUGAUGAAGGGUUGAAUAAAGUAACUAAAGCAUCUUCAUUAGGAGAAAAUAACUACGAUAGUAAUAAAACAAUCAAUAUUGAACAAAUAACAGUUACAAGCCACGAAAAUAUUAUUCAAACUACUGAAUGUAUACCUAAUGAAGAAAGUAAUAAAAGUAGUAGUGAAGAUGAAAUUGAGAACAAUGCGAUUGAUUUAAAUUUAUUAGAAGAUUCUUCUGAUUUUGUUAAGUCCGUUAUAGCUACAGCUGUAACUAAAGUAACUGAACUCACUGAAACAAAACAAACAACUAACUCUCCAUCCUCGACUGAAUCAACUUAUUCUGUAAGUAUUCAACGCGCUGCUAAAGAAAACGAUGAAACAUCGAACAAAGUUAUUAUUUCCGAAACUGAAAUGGUGAGUUAUCCAAAAGAUACAACAAAAGUAACAUUCAUCACUCAUGAAGAAGUUAGAAUGAAACCCAUUAUCACUCUUAAAAUGGAAUUCAUCGAACAACCUAUUCUCGAAGAAAUCCAUCACAUUGAAAAAGGACUCUAUGAAGAAAAAUCGAUAAGUAGACUUGUAGAGGAAAAUCAAAUUCAAGCGGUAUCUGAAAUAUCCACUUCAGAAGAAAAAAUAACGAAAAUAACAGAUGUAGACAACAAUAUCGAUGAUAUUGAAAUUGAACAAGUGAUAUUUGGUUCUGUCAAGGAACGGCCCAGUCAAAAAGCUAUCAGAAUAGGAAAAGAAGACGAAGAGAAUAGAAAAAUUGUAUAUUAUGACGACGAAUUCGUGAACACCAAUAAAAAUCAACAAGCCAUACAUAUAGAUGUUACAUUAGAUCAUUCAAAUAAUGACACUGACAGUUUUGAACAAUCAUUGUCAAGAAAAGAUUCGGUUGUAGAAACAGAAAUUACCACUUCUGAAGAUUUAAUUGAUGUUUUGAAUUCUGAGAAAACAACAAAAAUUAGUGGUACAAUUGAGAUUGAUUCCGUGCAUUCUGAGUUAUUAGAAAAAUCUAAAAACCAGUUAGAUAUAGAAGCUGUGGAUACAAUGAUAGUCGGAAACGAAUCAGAUUUUAUUUCAGACGAAGAACUCGUUGAAAAAGAUAUAGAAGAAUUAUCUAGUACAAAGGUAACUCUGGAUGCAGAAUUAAGUAAGGAUAUUAAUAAAACAGAAGAGCAGAAAAAAUCUGAAAAAACUAGAGAACAUAAAACUUCAGAAAACUCAUGCGAUGAAUCGAAAACUGAAUUAUUACUUGAGGAAAAUUUGAAAGUAAUGAACAGUGUUGAACAUAUUCAAAAAGAGGUAACAGAUAUAGUAGAUAAAAGUCAAAACACUAACAAUAUAUUAUUACAGUUGAAACAAGAAACGUUAUCAAAGUAUAAACCAGAUUUGACGGGCAUACCAGAUAGAAAAGUGAAGUCCGUAUCUCCAUCACCCAUUGUAAACUAUACUUUGAAUGAAUCUAUAGUAAUUGGUGACUAUAAAAAUAGAAAAGAUAGUGAUGAAGAUAAUCUUGAUACGGUAAAUACAAAUUAUACGGAAAAAGUUGAAGAACUAAUUUCAGAAAAAAUAAACGCUCUACCUUUAGAAAAGCCUCUAACAAAUGAAACUAACGAAAAUAACGCAUCUAGUAAUUUAAGACAAGAGUUAGUUGAAGAGACAGAAGAAACAAACUUUUCCACUUCAUUUAUUAAAAUUGAAAAAGAUUUGAUGGAAAGCCUUCCAAUUAUACCAAUGUCUCCUGAAAAACCAUUACCGGAAAUAAGAUAUCUCGAACCAAUAGUAACAGAAGAAGUUUCAAAAAGUAAUAAAAUUGUGCAACAAGAUUUACCGGAAAAUAUAGCUGAUGUGCUGUCAAAAUUGAAAACCGAAACCAUUCAAAAGUAUCACGAAGAAGUUAGUAAAGAAAUUGGAGACAAUAACGUACCUAACGAUAAGAAAUCUGAAAAUAAGAAGAAAAGGAAAAAAGAGAAGAAAAGGAAAUCUGUAACUUUUGAAGAAACACCUCAGAUAAUUAAUAUUGAUGAUGUCAAAUCUUCACCGCGUGAUGUUCAAGAAGACGAUACAGAAACAGCUGAAGAAUUCAUUUUUGUAUCUACUUCAAAUACACAAGCUCAAGAGACAUUACUUAGAGAACAACAAAUGGAUGAAAUUGUGAAGAGCUUUGAAGUAGUGAAUGUAUCAGAAGAUAUUUCAAGCAUUUACCAAAUUACCUCUACUAUUGAAAAUGUACAAAAAAUAACAGAAGAAGAAGUUAAAUCUACUGAAAACAAGAAAUCCAAAAAGAAAAAAUCUAAAAAGAGUGAUAAAGUACAGGAGGAGUCUGGUCCAACGGAAACAUAUUUAAUCAAUGAAUCCAACAAACAACAAGAAGACAAAAUCAAUACGGCACUUGUAGAAUAUAGUAUAGAAUCACCACUUAACAGCCCACCAGGUGACACAAAAUUAACUGAAGAAAUACAACAAAGUGAAAUAAUUGCUGAACAAAACGUCAUAACUAAUUCUACGAAAGUUGCAAAAUUACAAAUAGAAACGACGGCUCAAGACAUAGUUUCUGCCGAAGCACCAACAUCUGUGAAAGAGGAUCUAGUUGAAGACAUAAAACAGGCACAGCAAGAACAAAGCAAAUCUAAAAAGAAAAAACACAAGAAAAACAAAAAAUCAGUAGAAGAAAUUAUACCUGAAAGUAGAACUGUUGAAUCUGAAGAAGUGAAAGAAUUACAACAAAGAGAAUUUGUUGAUUCCGUAAAUAACGAAAUGGGCAUUUCCUAUGCUACCGCUCUCAAAACUAAUAUAAAAGAAGAAACAUUCAAAUUUGUAGCUGAAGAAGUAAAACAUGAAUUAGAAUCAGUUGAAAUGGAAGAGCCAGUAUCAAUUGUUGAUAAAGAUACUCCAAAAUCCACACCAACUGAUAUACAAGAACUACCUUCAGUUGAUACUAAUCAUCCAGAUUCUGAAGAUAGUACGAAGUCAGAUACCAAAAAACCCAAGAAAAAGAAGCAUAGAAAGAAGAAACAAGAUACUGCAGUUGUAGUGGAAGAAUCUACUCAGGACGAAACGAAAAUUGCGGAAACUACAGACAUCGUCACAUUAACGAACAAACCUUCUUGGGCUAGUAUUGUUAGUACCAAUAUAGAACUGAAAUCAUAUACUGAACAUCAAGCAACUGAGCCAAGUAUUGAAAUUCGCGAAAGUGUAGAAGAAACAAUCGAGAAACCAACUGAAGCAGUAUUGUCUGAUACAAAUGACUUGAAUACAGACGAAAAAACACACAAAAAGAAGAAGCAUAAAAAGAAGCAUGCUCCCGUGGAAGAGGCGAAAAAACCAGCAUUUGAAAUUACUGAAGAAAUACUGAAAAUACCAGAUAAAGUGAAAAAACAUGAUAUUGUAUUUGAUCACAAGAAAAUUGAGAAAGAUCUUGGACUUCGCGAAGCAAAAUCAUGUGCUGAACAUCAUGUAACUGAGCCAAAUAUUGAAUUUACCGAAACUGUUCAAUCAAUUGAGCAAUCAGUUGAAGCAGAAUUAUCUGAUACAAAUGAAGUUUACACAGGCGAGACAACAAAUAAAAAGAAGAAGCAUAAGAAGAAGCAUACUCCCGUUGAUGAGGCAAGCAAGCCAGCAUCUAUAAUUACUGAAGAAAUACUACAACUACCAGAUAAAGUAAAUGAACUUGAUUUGGAAAUUGAUCACAAGAAAGAUGAAGUUAUUAUUGAGAAAGAUAUUGGACUGGAAGAAGUAAAAUCAUGUGCUGAGCAUCAUGCAACUGAGCCAAAUAUUGAAAUUACCGAAACUGUUCUAGAUGAAAUCGAGAAAUCAGUUGGAGCAGUAUUAUCUGAUAAAAAUGAUAAGAAUACUGACGAGAAAACACAUAAAAAGAAGAAGCAUAAGAAAAAGCAUCCUUCCGCGAAAGAGGCGAGGAAACCAGCAUUUAUAAGUACCAAUGAAAUACCACAAAUACCAGAUAAAGUGAAUGAACUUUAUGUUGAAAUUGAUCACAAGAAAGAUGAAGUUAUUAUUGAGAAAGAUCUUGGACUGGAAGAAGUAAAAUCAUGUGCUGUACAUCAUGCAACUGAGCCAAAUAUUGAAAUUACCGAAACUGUUCAAGACACAAUCGAGCAAUCAGUUGAAGCAGAAUUAUCAGAUACAAAUGAAGUGAACACAAACGAGAAAACACAUAAAAAGAAGAAGCAUAAGAAGAAGCAUACUCCCGUGGAAGAGGAUACCAUGCCAUCAUUCAAAGUUACUGAAGAAAUACUACAAACACCAGAUAAAGUGAACGAACUUGAUGUUGAAAUUGAUCAAAAAGUUAUUAUUGAGCAACAUAUUGGACCUAAAGUUCGAAUUGAUAAAGCUGAUAUUCCAAAAAUAGCUACUGAUGAGGAGAACAAUGAACAAAAGAAAAAGAAGAAGAAGAAAGGUAGAAAACAAUCAAUUGACAGCUCAGAGGAACCGAUUGUAGCCGACUUAAAAGUUAUCCCAUCACCAGAAAAUACUUCGAACAUCACAAAAAUUAUUCAAAUGAAUGUGCUUACUACAGUAACAUCUACAGAAAAAUCAGAUCUUAAUGAAGAAGAAUUUAAAACUGCUUCCGGUAUCUCAAGUAAGCCCAUAAAAUCAGAGAAAGGAGAAAAUGGAACGGGUACAUCUCGUGAAGUUGUGAUGGCGAUUGAAAUUGAUGACUUAAUUUCUGAAUCUAUUGAAUCCGAAAAAUUAGAAAAACGUGAUACGAAUGAAUCCUCCAAGGAUAUUAUCAACACUGUAACAGCAGUAACAGAAAAUGUGAAAACUGGACUUGAGGACGAACAAAAUUUGACAUCUCCACUUUCGGUAGCUGAGCAGACUAUUGAAAUGAUUCUAGAGGAAUGUAAUAGAUCGGAUUAUUCAGUUAUUUCCGACAUGAAUAUAACAGGAAAAUUCAAAAUAAAGAGAGAUGAAAAAAUAGACAUUCUAACGACAGAAUUUUCGAAUGAAUCAGAAGCAUCGCAAAAAGAAGACUAUGUAAAUGAAAACGUCCCUUCGCAUCCUAUGGAAACUAUAACAGUUGAGGAGAAUCAUACAAAAACGGAAUUCACUAGUGAAUUUGAACAAUUAGAACAAGACAAAAUUGAGACCGAAAACAAAGGUUUGCCUAUAGAAAAAUCGAUAAAUGUAUUAGAUGAACCCGUAAUUCAAUCAGAUCAAAAAAGCAGUGGAAAUAAUUUGGAAGACCAUGUUACUGAAACGCUUUCCUACUACAUGACUGAAACAUUAUCGAGCCAAAAAGAUACUAAAAUGAAUGACCUGGCAGAAGAAAUUACUUCGAAGGAACUAGAAACUGAUUCUGCAUCAACAAAAGAUAUCAAAACUACAACUGAUUACAAAGGUUUACCUAUAGAUGAGUCUACAAGUCUCUUUUUGGAUGUACUAGAUGAACCUAUGAUAUUAUCAGAUGAGGAACCAACAACAGAAGAAGUAUCUCUUGUUGAUGGAAAUAUUACUAAAAAGCAAGAGCUUGGUGAUAUGCUUGAGUUUUUAAAUGCUGAAAGAGGUGCUCAUUUUGAUGAACCUUUACAAAAUAAGACACCUAUCGAAUCCAAAGAUGCACUAUCUGAUCCUUCGCAUGAAAUUCAAUACAAAGGUUUGCCCAUUGAUGAAUCUACAAAUAUCUUCAUUGAUUUAUUAGAUGAACCUAUAAUACUUUCUGACGAAGAAGAAAUAGAAGUAGAUCAAAUUAUUUCACCAAGUAAACCCACAGACUAUUCUACACCUCUUAUAACAAACCAAAUUAAUAUUGGUGAAACAAUUACCGUUAAAACUAGUAACAACAAUGAAUUGGCUAAUAUUUUAACAGAAUUUUUAACAUCGGAGAAAACAGUACAUUUAGACAAAUUUAAACAAAUUCAGGAUGUUACUAUAUCUGAAGCUGAUGAUUUAUUUGCUGAUGGAGAUACAAAUAUUUCUAUAGAUAAAUCAAAAAUAUCAGAAACUGAAAUCAACAUCACAAAUGAAACAGUAACAGAAGAAUCAUAUUUAACUGCCAUCAACAACGAUAUAGAAAAUGAAGCAACUAUUGAAAGAGCUCAACUAACAGGAAAAUCCGAAAUAAAAGAUGAUAAUAUAGAAUGUGUUAUUGAUGACGAAAGUAUUGAAAGACAAACAGAUAAAUUGACGUCAUUAAGCGACGUAAUCACUUCGAAAAAUGGUAAUGAAUAUUAUAAUUCCUCCCCAAGUACAAUACGUACUCUCAAAAAUCUGUCUGAAGAAAAAGUAUUCACAUAUGAUAUUUUGAAACUACUUAAGUGCGAAAGAGAAUAUUUCGAGAUGAAAUCUGAAAACAAUAAAAUAACAUCGAUUACUGAAGAAAUUUCGAAUGAAUCGAAAGCGGUACAGGAUGUGGAAAAUGUUUAUGAUAACAUAAAAGAUCUUUCAGAAGUCGGUGAUAAGUUGUACGAACAAAAAGAACAAGGAAAGAGAGACUCUAAAGUUGUAACCGAAUUUAAACCAGAAGUCCCAAUAGCAGAAGAUAUAACUGUUUGGAAAUAUGAUAUACAAAAUCUCGUGCAAUCUGAAAUUUUAUGGAAUGAACAGAAAAAUAGAAAUAAACAUGAUGUAACAGACCAGUAUAAAUCAGUCGAAAUUGAGUCCACAGCAUUCAAUAAAGAAACAGACACGGCAAUAAACUAUAACGUAAAAGAACUCUUAAACGCGGAGAUUGAAUAUCACGAACGGAAAACACAAGAAGAAAAAAUAAAAGAUGCAAACGAACCGACUUAUUAUGAAUAUAUUUUGGACUUAUGUACAGAAAAUAUAUUUAAGUAUAAUAUGGAGGAACUUAUACACGCUGAGAUUGAAUAUUACGAACAAAAAGCACACAAAGAGAAACGAGAUACUAAAGAAGUUGAUGAAGAAGACGUAAUAUUAAGUGUUGAUGAAAAAAGUGUUUUGAAUUAUGAUGCUGAAGUAGACAAAGCACAAGAAAAUGAAUAUAAACCAAUCGAAAAAUCAAUAUUUGAUAUAGAACCAGAAGCUAACUUUAAAUAUAAGAUGCAUGAACUUGUAGCUGCGGAGAUUAAAUUCAAUGAAGAAAGAGCUUUAAAUGAAAAUCAACAAAAGAAAGAUAAUACCGUUCGAAAAACAAUCAUUGAGACAGAAAUAGAAACUGCGCUGAAUUUUAAUAUUGUGGAUUUAAUGAACGCUGAGAUUCAAUGGCAACAAGAAAAACAGGAUACAAAAAUAACCGGCGAUGUAGUCGAAAUGCAACAAACAAACGAAGAAAGUAAAACAAAUAAUAAUAUAGGAAAUGGAGGUGCGCAAGAAAUAUUGGAAAUCGUAGACAAUGCUUUAAAAUAUAACACGGAAAAACUGUUCAACGCUGAAGUUGAAUGGCAAGAACAAAAAGCUCAAGAAGAAAAACUAAAAAUGCAUGCGUUAGAUAAUACGAAAGAAGAAUUAUCAGAAACAAGUGAAAAUCAAGAAAUAAUCAUUUCAAAUGAUAAAGUUGAAGAUGUACUAUUUGAAUUUACAACAAAUGAAGGAAAACUAGAAUCAAAAGUAAUCGAUACCGGUGAUACAGGUGAAAUAGAUGCAAUUAGAGAAAAUAUUGUUCCAGGUGACAUUCUUGAAGAUGCCUUAGUUAAAACAGAUUUGAACGAGGAUGAAACUAAUUUGAUAUCAGACUCUAAUAAUAGAGAAGUAUCUUAUAUUAAUCUAGAUUUCAUUCGAUCUGAAAAAGAGGAUAAAACAGCAGAAAAACUCAAAGAAACUUAUUCUUCAUUAGAAACAUCUAAAACUGAUAUAAAUGUUGAAUUCAUUAAAAAUGAACAAAUUAAGUCAUCAUUAGAAGAAACAGAAUCAGACAAUCUGCGUGAGGGACAUUCUAGUGAAUCGGUGAUUGCAGAUGAAGAUAAGGAAGAAACUAAUUUAACUGUAUCUUUAGAUAAUGAACUAGGAAAAAUGUCACAGAAAAUGAGCUCGGUUGAGAUUUUAACAGCUGUCGAAUCAAUAACAGAGGAAUAUACAACAAAUCCGACUGAACUUAAAAGGAUCGCCUCCCAGUUUGAAGCCAUAGUCGACAAUAUCACUGAAUUUGUACCCAAAUCUGAAACCAAGUCUAAAUCAACUUUCAGCUUAAAUCCAGAUGCCGCCGAGUUUAUACCUAGUACAAUAUCUCACACUACCGUACCGAAAAAAAAAGAUUUCAAUUCCGUUUACGAAGUUGAAAUGACAUGGGAUAAUGACAAUAAUGACUCUAACAUGUUUGAACAAUAUGAAUCGGCUUACAAUUUACCUCCUGCUCACACAACUAAAUGGGUGAAUGAUAUUCUUGAAGAUAAUGAUGAUAAAAAACGUAAAGAAGAAAAAUUAGAACAACAAAGAUUGGAAGAAAGUCUUCUUCCAAGUAACGUAGUAUCGGAACUAAAAGUUAGUAAGGUUCAAGAAAUAUUACCAGUACCAUGUAAAACAACAGAAACAACUGCUAACACUGAAGAUAUUAAACAUCCAGUAGAACGUGUCGAAGAACAAAUUACAGAAUGUGUGCAACCUGAAAACAAAAUAUCAAUCAACAAAUGGGAAAUUUUACUUUCCGGCGAUAAAACAUAUGCUGAUGUAGUAGCUGCUACUGUUCCAUCUAAACCGAAAGAGAAAAUACAACAGAUGGUCGAUACAAAGGAAUCAAUUAAAAAACCAAAUAUAGAAAUUACAUUAACAGAAUGUAAUAUGGACAUCAAAGAUACUGAAGAACUGAAGAAUGAACCAGAUAGUGAAGGUUUUCUGGAAUAUAUUACGAAGAAAGAUAAAAAGUCUCGAUCGAGAUCACGAUCUCGUUCGCGUCAAAAAACAAUUACUAUCUCGAAAGAACCCGUUCAAGAAUUAUUGUCCUCAGUCCAAACAGAUGAAAUAACAUCAGAUCCAAGUGUUUAUUGUAACGACGAACCUACCAAGAAUGAUGAGAACAAACCUGAUAAUACAACUGAUUCUACUCGUACUUAUGCCAAAAUUCUUGGUUCCGUAACAAAAACAAACAACGCAGCUGAACAACCCUCACAAGUAAUAGAAUCUGAUGAAAGUCAACUUCUAGUUACCCAAAAAGUAAAUGAAAUUAAUACCGACUUGAUUACUACAACCAGUGUUCCUGAUGAAACUGUAACAGUAAAAAUAGUUGAAAAGAAGUCAAAGAAAAAAGAUAGGAUAAAAUCAAAAGCAAAAGACAUCCAACAGUCGAAGGAGGAAUUAACAACUACGCAAGAAGACUCCAAUAUUAUAACGGAUGCGAAAAUAACAGAACCUACAUCACCAAAAUUAGAAACGGAAACAAUUCAAACUCAACUGCAUUCUUCAGUUAAAGAUUUGAGCCCGGAAAAAUCUAAAGAUACUGUUGAUAAUGCUAAUUUGACAGAAAAUGAAAGUGCUGAAUUCGAAUUAGUAACUAUGAUGGCAUCCGAUAAAGAAAAAUUAACGAAAAAUAAAUCAAAGAAAGAUAAAAAGAAAUUGAAGAAGGUACAAGAUGAGCAGAAAGAAGAACUAUCUUCAGAAACAUUGUGUGGUGUACAAAAAGAAACCGAUAUUGAAAAAGUAUUUUCAGAAAAAUGGCCAUCUGAUUCAGAAAGUACUGUUGUCGACAUUACUCCUAGUUCCUCAACAUACGCCACCAUCUUAGGUACUAAUCCGCCACCUAAACUGAAAUCUCCAGAGGUUGAAAUACACAAAUCAGAUAAUAUUGUCCAACAAGACUCUGAUAAUAUAGAGAAUACAAUUCUGAAUAUCACUGGGCAGCUACCUGUCUCGGAACAAGUUGCUACUUUUAUUGAACAUGAAGUUAAUGAUAAGACUCUUCAACAAUCUAUGGAUGACAUAAAAUCAGAGCAAGAAUUGUAUGAACAAACAGAAAUUGAUAGGAAUGUAGUAUCUUAUGCGAAAAUUACAGCAAUUAAACAGGAGCAAACACCUGCAGACGUAAUUGAAGUCGAUAAAACAGUAGUUAAAGAAGAUACUGAAAAGUCAGAAGAAAUUCCAAUAGAAAAGUACCAACCUAAGAUCAUAGAACAUAAACAAGCUCAAAAGAAAUCUAAAAAAUCAAGAAAACGUUCAAAAACUCCCAAACGAGAAUCUUUGCAACUGAUUCCAACUGAAUCAACACCAGAAAUAAAUAUCACUCUAGAAAAUAAAGAGGAAACGCCAAAAGAUUUGACAGAAAAUCAAUUUAAUAUCAUUAAAACAAAUUUACAUCAUUUAACAUAUGCAGAUGUAAUCAAAACUGGCAGAAGUCGAGAAUCUUCUCCUCAUCCUAAAGUCUUACCAUGCGAGACUACUAGUUUGGAAACGGAAACUUCAGUACACAACCAAACACCUGAUACAAAGAAUUUAACAAAGCAGUCCAUCGAAAUCAAAGUACAAAAAAAUAAAUACGUUGAUGACGAAAGUUCUAAAGUGCAAACCAAUAAUUUCCUUGAACAAGAACAAGCAGCUAUUCUUAAAGAAACUGAUGAGAACGAUGACUCUUGGGUUAUAGUAGACCAAAAAGAAAUACCUAUUAUCAUUGAACCUACUUCGGAUACAACAGAAAAAGAUAACGAAUCAAUUACUAAAAAGAAACGAAAUCGAUCCAGAUCUAGACGUAAACAUCGUAAAGAAAAUGUAGAAGCUACAGAUAUCCCUUUAAAUACUGAAAAUUUGUCUACAAAAGAAACCGGUAUUAGAUACGAAACAAGUUUAGAAGAUAAACCAAUGUCUCCAGGAAGAACCUAUGCAUCUGUUGUGAGAUCUACCUUAGAGGAAAUUACACCGGAACACAUCACGUAUAAGCCAGUAAUAAGCACAGUGGAUAACAAACCUCUAACAAUCCCACAUGAAAGAAAAAUCGAAGAAAUACCAGUAAACAAAAAGUUGAUAGAAAGCGAGUCCAAUGAGGAAAUAUCAACGCAAAGCAUUUCUGUAGGUGUGUUAGAAAAGGAAAAGAGAAGUAGAAAGAGGAAACCGAAAUCUAAUGUAUUCGUCUGUUCUCAAGACUCAACUAAUCGGGAUGGAUUAACUCAAGAAUCUGAACUAAUUGUUUCAGAAGACGUAACUGAAUUACCCAGCACUAUUGAUUCCAAUAAACAGCUUACUGCAAUAACUCAAGUCAAUAAACAACAAAUUGAACUUAAUAACGAAACGGAGAUAAAUACAAGCGAAGUUGAUAUACAAGACGAGACUCUUAGAACUCCAGAAGAUAAAAUUGGAGAAUUACUGAAUGAACCAAAACAACAAAAAGACAAAACCAUAAUAACUAAAGUUGGCGCAGAAGAUGUAUCGAUUGAAAUUGUUUCUUGGGCAGAAGAGGUCGAAAAAUCUGCUACUUCAGAUAAAAAAGAAGAAUUUAUAGAAGGUGAAAUGAUAAAAGAUAUACAUAUAUCGAAUACUAUUGAAUCAACUGAAAAAACUGGUAUAAUUAAAGAAACUAAAGAAAAUGUUCAAUUAAGCGAAAAUGCGAAAACGAAAAAUGAUAUCAGCGAAAAGGAAGUUCUGAACUCCCAGAAGGUCUCCCAGAAAACUGAGAAGGAAAGAGAUACCCCAACAGAAAAUAGUAGUAUCGAGAUUAUAGCCAGUUCUAGCGAAAUACGCAAAGCAACUGAAGAAACAGUUAUCCCUAAACCAACCAUUGCAGAAAAUAAUACUGACAAGAAAUUAGAGGAACUCAUUCCUGAACAAGAAUCAGUCUCCUAUGAACAAACUACUGUGGAACAAAACACUGAGAGAAAAAUAGAGGAACUCACUCCUGAACAAGAAUCAGUCUCUUUUGAACAAACUACUGUGAAACAAAAUACUGACAAAAAACUUAUUCCUGAACAAGAAUCAAUUUCCCUUGAACAAACUGCUGUGGAAAAAGAUAUUGACAAAAAAUUAGAGGAACUUACUCCUAAACAAGAAUCGAAAUUAUUUGGAGAAGAUACCAAGGAACAACUUGAAGAUAAAGACAAGCAUAUAGUUGAACAAUUUUUACAAGAUGCUCGAACAUACGAUGAGAAUGUUAAAUCAAUCGAAUCAGAUGAAGCAUCUAAACAAAUAGUUGAAGAAUUCCUUAAAGAAGCAGCUAAAUAUGAUGAAAACUUUUUGAGGGAAAAACAAUCUGUUGAACCUGUUAAAUCUUCGAAUACAACUGAAGUUGAUGUGAGAAAAACGAAGAAGAGUAAAAAGCAUAAAAAAGAUGACGAGGAAUAUAAAAAACCCGGAUUUAUAAAAUCGAUAGUGACAACCGUCGUUAGUAAAAUUACAGGAAAAUCAUCUAAACAUUGUGAACCACAAUCGAAUUCUUUAAAUAUUUUUGUGAAUAAUUUAAUGAUUGACGAAUCAUCAAUUUGGUUAAAUAAAAGAAUUUAUGAGGAAGCAGAAGAAAAUUGGCAAAUAGAUAUAGCCAAAAAAAGGAAAGAUUAUGGUUCUGGUGACGAUGCAAUCACUUCUGGAGGACCACCAGAUGACGACGGGGGUUCUAAUGGUUCUAGCGGUAGAACUUCACCUAAUCAACCAGGUGGAGAAUCGCAUAGAAUAUUACCAAAUUCAGAAUAUAAAAUGUAUAGCUUACCCGGGGGUAUAGCUGGGUGGAAAGAGCCUAGUACAUAUUUAUCACCGGAACCCGUUAUAGUCGAAACAGCAUUAGUAAAAUUAGUCGAUGAUAAACAAAAAGAUCCGGAAUCCUCAGAAAUCCUUCCUAACGAAUCCUCCUUAGGGCCCGAUAUGCAGCCAACGAUUUCUACAUCUCUAGGUGGAUCCAGCGACGACAAACAUCUUAAAAAGGAAUUUGCUUUGGAAGUUCAACAGCUCCAAAAUACAUUAGAGGCAACUGAAUGCUCCGCAGCAGCCCUUCCACAAGAAAGCUACGACGAGAUGAUUGCUGCUCUAGAGGUGAGUUCCAUAAUUUUUACAUGAUACUAACUUACCAGACAGACGUUGUCAAAUCAUAACUAUAAAUAUUCAAUUCGAAAAUAUAUUAAUCUUACGACAAACACUCGGUGUAUGCGUCAUUUUGAGAAAUAUCAAACAAUGUUAUUAAAUCCAUAUUUUGAAAUUAUCUCAAACUAUACAGAGUGUUGAAUAACUACAUUAGAAACCAAACAUACUAUUUUUUAAACGAGAAUCCCUGUAUAUUAGAUUGAAGUCAGAUAACUCAUAGUGUUUUCAAAUUUUUCAAAAUAUAUAAGGUUGUGUAACGUUAUAUAAAGUCAUUUAAGACAUAUGGACAUGUUUAUAAACUCGUGGCCAUAAAUAAUGCGCCACCCAUUAUUUCAAUAUCAAAACCUUAAAUGUUAAUCUUUUGGGUUUCUUUUGUUUUGCUAUCACAACAAUUUAAAGUGUUUUAAAUGUUAGCGAUAAAAUGUAAAAUUUCUUACCAUCAAAUAACAGUUUUUGUGGUUUUUUAAAAUUUUAAUUUCAUGCAUAUUUUAAUGUUUCUUUCAAUCUAUUGUUGUACCAACUUGUGGACAGCAGUAAUUUAAGUCAAUCAAGGUGUGUUAAAGUCGAUACUAGUGAAACAAAAAAUGGAUAGAGCUGGGCAGUUAAGUGAUCGCGAAGCUGAAAGAAUAGCCGAGUUAUUUGGACAGGGACAAAGUUAUCGUGAAGUGGCAAAUCUGUUUGGCAUACACCACACAACCAUUGGCAGAUUGAUGCAAAGAUUUCGAGAGACCGGUUCACAUUCUAGGAGGCCUGGACAAGGACGUCCUUCAGUUUUAACUCCUCGAAAUGACCGUUUUUUGCAAUUAAAUUCAUUAAGAAAUGCUUCAGAAUGCUGGUCUACAUAGCAGAAGAGCUCUCCAGGAAACUUUGCUAACCAGGCAGCAUCGUGUUGCUAGACUAAGAUCUGCAAGGCAACUUUAGAUUUGAAUUUAGAAAACUUUUAUUUACUGAUGAGACAAGAAUCAGUCUAGGAGAUCCAGAUGGACGUAAUCAAAUUCGAAGACGGCGAGGAGAAAGAUUUGCGCAGUCUAUCAUUUCUAGGGAGCCGUUACAAGGAGGGUCUAUCAUGUUUAGGGGAGGAAUUUGUUUUGAUGCCCGCACAGAAUUAGUGUCUCUUCCUAGACCCGCCCUUAACGCAGUAAGAUACAUAACUGACAUUCUUGAAAAUCACGUCGUUCCGUUUGGGCUAUUUAUUGGUGAUUAUUUUCGUUUAAUGCAUGAUAAUGCUAGACCAUACGUUGCGGCAGAUUUUCUGAAUUACCUAAACGAAGUAGGAAUUCAUACCCUGAACUGGCCACCAAGAAGUCCAGAUAUGAAUCCUAUCAAGCAUGUCUAAGACAUUUUAAAACGCCGCAUUCGUCGUCAAAAUCCAUCUUCUCAAAACUUAAAUGAGUUUGAGCAAGUGGCAUUAUUAACAUUAUUGUCUUAUUUUUAAGAAAAUUUGGUUUUAUUGCAAUGUUUUUAUUUUUAUUUUCUUACAUAUUAAAAAUCACUCAAAAUUACUACACAUCUCUUAUUAUUGAAAAGAAGUUAAACAAUAGCAAUAUUAAUAUAAAUUUAUUAAACAAAAAAAAAAUUUUCAGAAAUCGGGGUGGUGCGUUAUUUUUGCCUACGAGUGUAUGAAAUACUUUUCAGCCAAAUUUUAGUAAAACAGUUUAUAUAAAUAAGUUUAUAAUACCUACUUAUUUUAAUAAUCUGAUCAGUGUCACAUUCAAACUAUCAAUAUUAUAUGGAAUUUGUUAUUAAAAAUUAACAAAAAGAGAAUGAUCCGACAAUGAUGAAAACUGACGGAACUUUUGAGACACCCUCUGUAUAAAUUAUCAAUGGAAAAUGUGAAAAUAGAAAUCCGCAACGAAAGGGCUAGAGCAUUUUUCGUUAAAAUAAAUGUUUUCAAAAACCGUUAUUUACCAAGAGCAAUGAAAAUAUAUUUUCUGUGCUAUUAUGGUUUUUCGGUAUUAUUGUUUGGAUUCAAAUCAUAGACAUUGACUAAAACGUCGAUGAUGAAACUGGAAGCUCUUGAGAUGUGUGGUUGUAGGACGAUAUUAAAAAUAUCAUGGAUGUAACUAAUUCCAAAGUACUACAAAAAACCAACAGUGAGACAUGUGAAAUCAAUAUUAACAUAAAAAAUUCAAUAUUGGAGUCACUUAACAAGAAA